AUGGCUUACAACGAUGACUCCGUACUUGCGCGACUCUCGUCGCUCAAUGAAAGCCAUGACAGCAUCGCCACGGCUGCGCAGUGGAUCAUGUUCCAUAGGCGCCAUGCAGACCGCACCGUACAACUUUGGUUGCAACGUCUCAAAGACUCUUCCAGCACGAAGCGACUGAGCUUGAUUUAUCUCGCAAACGAGGUGGCUCAGCAGUCUAAAAUACGGCAUAAAGACGACUUUAUUAUUGCAUUUGCGCCAGUGAUUGCAGAAGCUGCUGCCGUUGCUUAUAAGGGAGCGCCAGCGGAACUCCAGGCCAAACUCAAGCGCGUUAUAGACGUCUGGAGAGACCGAUCAAUUUUCGAAGCACCUAUUCAAGCUGCCAUUGAUGCUCGUAUUGGAGAGCUCGACAAGGCUCGUGGCAUGGCAAAGCCCGGGUUCAGUGGCUCUCCUUUCGGUGGAGCUUCUGCUGCCGCCGCUGCUUCCAUCCCAUCCGAAUUUGCUCCUUUGGUGUCUGCUCACCAAACUGUUACCAAGUUGAGCCCUCCUCUGAAGGCCACAAUCGCAUCUGCAAGUCAGGAGUACGAGAAACAAACUGACCCAUCAACACCUGUGCCUUCUGCGCCUGUCUACGCGGCUCGUCUGAAUGGCCUUCUCAAAACUUUGGCCAAUGCCGAGAAUGCAGUUGCCGAGUGUGUCAAGGCCAGGGAGGGCCUCGUUUCUGGCCUAGAGACACUACUCAAUGCUAACCGAGCCGCAUUGGAGCAGGAGAAAUCAGAUCACGCUCAAUUAAAGUCUCGCAAGGUCGAGAUUGAAGAGAAGAAGCAACAGGUUGAAGUUGGCAUCAUGCGAGCGUUGGGCCCAGCGGAGAGCAACGGAAAUUCUGGAGACGGAGAGUCUUCCAGCACUCCCGCUGAGCCAGACAGGCCAGAAAUGGAGGCUCUCACCCCUCCGGCAUUUGAGCCUUUCGACGCUCCUACACCAGAAGCACUAACACCAGAAGGUGAACCCGCUGCUGCUCUUGAGUCAGCUGGCGAAGAAGAGACUGCACACUACCAGUCAUUGCCGAUUUCCACCAACGGAUCUAACAAACGUCGCCGCGUCGAUAACGAAGAAUUUCCUGAUCUAGGAGGAGACGAUGGCAUCGAUGCUGAUGUUGCUCAGAUGCUCAAAGAAGGCUCCCAGUCGUGA